AUCGCGUUUGGUUUCGAGCCAGCGACAUUUUUUCAAGGCAACACUCGGCCUGCAUAAAUUAUGUUCAUGACGUAGUGCAAAAUACUAAAUUUCUGUUAAUAUUUUCAGACUAUGCUGAUAACGCUUACGUUUAAUUUAUUUCGGUGGACUGCGUUCAUCUGAGCGACAGUUUACGAGGACACUCGUCAUCAAAUAUUUAGUAAACGAGCUACAUUGCGCCGCCGAGCCUCUUUAUCAAUGCAAAUGCCCCUUUUGUGUGCAGCCAUAGCGUCCGUCUGGAAGCUGUGAGAUGAAUUUUUAAUUAUGUAUGUCUAACACAAACUGUGGCAAAGCGCGCUGAAGGAGGUGAAAGGCAGAAAUUAACCGUAAUUCCUCCGGUGGGCUUGUAAGCAGAAUGCCCCGUGGUCAUCAUGCCUAACCUGUGAUCUUAUGGAUGAAACUGAAUGAUGGAUUCAGAAGACCUUCCUGCAAAAGAUGCACCACUUACUGUCAAUGAGCAGGUGAUUGUCAUGUCCAGUCAUGAGACCAUUCGAGUUCUAGAGGUUGAAGUGGAUGCAGCUGUGUCCUCCCCAGGAACUCAUGUGAAAACUGAGGCAGGAGCAGAAGAGGGGAGAGGAAAAGCUUUAGAUCCAGAGGUGGUCACUCAGGAUAGACAAACACCAUCCAGUACCAUCCCCACAGUUUCUAAUGAGGCUGCAGCCCCUUCUGUUCAGAAUGUUGCAAUUCCUAUAAGUCUCUCUUUGCCUCACCCCCAGACCAGCAUGCCUAUCACUAUCCAGGCAUGUCCACAGGUUCUGACCCAGGAUGGCCUUGCUACUCUGAUGACUGGCAUGAUUGCCCAACAAAGCACUCUGAGCCAGCCUCUGCUGAUUCCACUGAGUAUGGCAGGCUCUGUGGGUGGACAAAAUGGCCUGGCACUACUGACCCUUCCGGCAACCACACUAGCCACUCUGCCAGGUUUCGGGGCUGGUGGCCCAACUGGAGGGCUCAUUAAACUACCUUUUGCUGGCCUGCAGGCUGCCACUGUUCUGAACUCAGUCCAGCCUCAGCUUCAGGCACCUACACAAGCACUCCUACAGCCCCAGACAGCUGCAGUACAGUCAGUGCAGCAGACACAGGCUGCUCCAGCCAGCCCUGCUGCUGUAGCUUCAGUCAUGCACAAGGUCCCUGAACCUAGUGCAUCAGUUGCAGCACUUCAGACCACAGGCCUCACCAUAAACCCUGCUAUUAUCAGUCCUGCAUCUUUAGGUAGUCAGCCACAGUUCAUCAGUUCUCUGACUACGACUCCCAUCAUCACUAACACCAAUGUGACAGGACUAACCAGUCAGAUCAUCACCAAUGCACAGGGUCAGAUGAUAGGCACUUUGCCUCUGCUGGUGAACCCUGCAUCUCUGAUAGGAGUCUCCUCAACACAUUCACCACCAACUCAGGGUCUUCAAGUGCAGUCUGUGACUCCUCAGCUGCUGCUGAACUCCCAGGGCCAAAUCAUUGCCACUAUCGGGAACAACCCUGGUGCUGCUCCAUUCACUACAUCCACAAGCUCCACAGUCUUGACUAAAACUACUCUGUCACAUUCCAAAGUCAACACACAGGCUCCCAUUGUAACAGUAAACCAGUCUCCAGUCAUGAUUGCUCCACAGCCCUCCACAGGAAAAUCAACCUCCUCAUCGAUUCCUGUUGCCUGUGGAGAAAUGCCCACAGUCAGCCAACUUGUCAACAAGCCACAGUCCGGGGUAACUGAAGAAGAAGGCAUUAAUCUGGAGGAGAUCCGUGAAUUUGCCAAAAACUUUAAAAUACGGCGGCUUUCUUUGGGGCUGACCCAAACACAAGUGGGUCAAGCUCUUACGGCUACUGAGGGACCAGCUUACAGCCAGUCUGCAAUCUGCAGGUUUGAGAAGCUUGAUAUAACACCGAAGAGUGCCCAGAAGCUAAAACCAGUUCUAGAGCGUUGGCUUGCUGAAGCAGAGCUCUGGAACCAGAAGGGCCAGCAAAAUCUAAUGGAAUUUGUGGGAGGUGAGCCGUCCAAGAAACGCAAACGCCGCACCAGUUUCACACCCCAAGCCAUUGAGGUCCUGAACAGCUAUUUUGAGAAAAAUGCACUGCCAACUGGGCAGGAGAUCACAGAAAUUGCCAAGGAACUGAAUUAUGACAGGGAGGUUGUACGAGUCUGGUUUUGUAACCGCAGACAGACACUGAAGAACACCAGCAAGAUCAAUGUGUUCCAAGUACAGUAGAGUGUACAAUAGCCUGGAAGGACAAUGAGAUAUAUGCAUGGAUAUGAAUUGUUCUUUGGUACUGUGACAUGUUACAGAUGAAUGUUUUUUGAGGAGCCUCUAAGUCUGUAAGUUGGUUUUCACUUUAAAUUGCACAAAUGGUCAGUGUGGCACAAAUCAUGAAUAGUUUUAUCAUAAUGUUUUUGUUCAAUCUGCAUGUGAACUUGCCCUUCAAAACAACAAUACAAGUAUAGAACCAAUAAAUUAAAAAGAUUGCAAAGGCAUUAGUGGCAAAAUCCCCUAAAAUAUAAUACAUUUACACAUUUUCAGUGUGUGAGCCUAUUCGAUGUAACUUUUUACACAUUUGAUUUCUUGUACCAUAGAAUUUCCAGCUACGAUUGAAUUUUAGUGAAUUGUAUAUGCCAAGGGGUCUAACUGAUAUCUAAAAAAAUGGACUUGUAAAAAAAAAAGUACCUUCGUUGGGGCUAUAACAUUAAAUGCUUUGUUUUUGCUUUUUUUUAUGCUUCUUUCUGGUAUUUUGACAGCCAGCCUCUUGUAAGAUAUUCUAUCUGUCCCCUAUUCUUCUAUAGUAUGUAUAAAAAAAAAACACCAAUUAUAGUAUUGUGGGCUUUCCUGUAUGUUUUGGAGUUUAACACUGGCAAGAUAUUGAUGCAUACUGAUGUCUGUUCAUUUAAAUACAGAAAUUAUUAAGUCUAAAAUAUUUAGCUUCAGAGAAUGACCUAAGAGGAACUACAUUUACUGUUACUUUAUAGAAAUAUAAAGUUGCUGUAUUUGAAAAAUGGCAAGUCUCUGUAUUAAAGGCUCUUUCAAAUGCAGACUUCUACCUCAGGUAGAGAUACAGUGGGAUUGGGCAUAGGACAGGGCAUCUUCCUCACAUUUUAGACUGCUGAACUGAAUGACUUUUAUUUCAGAUUUCAGUUUUACAUCCAGAAGAGGUGCUGACUGCAUAUAUUAAUGAUUUUAUUUUAAAAGCCUCGGUUUAUGUACUGUUUAAUUCUUUCCCCUUCAUCUGUUUUUGUGUGCCAUUUAAAAUGUUCAAGUGCUGCUAGAAAGUUUGUAAAACCCUAUACGAUUUUUCAAAAAAUUUGACCUAAUGUGUGAAAGCAUAACGUCCUAAAACUAGAUAAAGACAACCCAAUUAAACAAAUGAUACAAAAACAGUUUUUAUAAAUAUCUGUUAAGCAAAAUGUUAAAUAUGUUUGUCAUAUGUGAACCUCCAGGAGUUUAGCAGGCCCUCUCAUGUUUCAGGGUCAUAAACUUGAGUUUUCACCAUCAAAGUCAGGUCUUCACAACACAGGUAUAUGGAUGUGUGCUAUGUCUUGAUUAAACUAGAUUCCUGAGGACCUACAAAAACCAUUUCUAAAGAUUUUGACCUCUACCAGUCCACUGUGAGGCAGAUAAUAUACAAAGGGAGACAAUUCAGUUCCACCAGUUACUCUCCCAAGGAAAGGUCAUGCAGCAAACCUCACUCCAAGGAAACUCAAAAUAAUAUUCCAGGAAGUCAAAAAGAGCCCCAGGAUAAUAUCUAAGGACUGACAGGCCACUCUUGUGUUCAGUAAUGUCAGUGUUCACAACAAGCACUGAACAAAAAUGGGGUUCAUGGAUAUAGAAAAAAAACAAAAGAAAAGAAGAAGAAAGAAAAAAACACUGAUCUCCAAAAAGAAUACUGCUGACUCAGGUUUGCUCAUGACCGUCUGGACAAGUCAGAAGCCAUAUGAAUCAAAAUAGAACUUUUUGGUUUAAAUAAAUUGUUAUGCUUGGCAAUAAAUACUGCUUUCCAACAUAAAUGACCUCAUCUCAACCAUGUAUCAUGGGGCUGGCAGCAUCAUGACUUGACAUUAUUGAUGACACUAUGAAUUCUGGAUUGUUCCAGCAAAUCCUACAGGAGAAUGUUAAGGUAUCUGUCUGUGAACUGAAGCUUAACUGUAAGUGGGUCAUGCAGCAAGACAAUGACUCAGCACAGACAAAGCAGAAAAAGUAUGUCUAUAAAUCAAUGGUUAAAGCAGAAGAAAUGUAACAUUUUGGGAUGGCCAAGUCAAAGUCUAGACCGAAACCUAAUAGAAAUGUUGUAGAAAGAUCUAAAGAGAGUAGCUCAUCACUGAGUUGACACAGUUUUGUAAAGAUAAAUGGGCUAAAAUUUUGUGGAACUGACCACCAGAUACUGAAAAUGUUUGGUGAAAGUGCUGCUCAGUUAGUUAUUUCAAAUUGGAUCAUUUUUGCACAGUAAAUGAAUGUAAAAAACUGUAAUGUUUUUGCAUCAUUUGUUUAAAUGGGUUCUCUUCAGGACUAAGAAGGUCUCAACAUGUUUGGUAAAAUCUAUACUUAGCUACAGUAAGUGGUAAAGGGUUUGCACUUAUUUGUGCCACUGUGUUUAUUCAUAUUGAUUUUUAUUAAAGCUUUUUUGAUUGGUUUUGAGAAUAGAGUAUGGUGGGGGGAGUAAUUUUUGCAGCACAAAUUACAUCACAUUGAAAAUUAACUGCUUAACUGUGAGUUUGUUUCAUAAAUAGAUGUUUUAAUAUUAUGUUUUAUAAGUAACUGUGUUUUGUUAAUUAUUUUUAUUAAAAUUAUUGCUGCUGUUAUUUUCACAUUUACACCGUAGAGUAAAAAUUCAUAAACUUAUUUGAGGCCCCUUCCACACAUAUACAGCUAUUUCUGAAAAUGUAUAGUUUCUAAAUAUCCCGUCUACACAAAAACCAUUGAAAUAGCUCUCGUGAGCAGCCAGUUAGUAGGCAAAGGUAUUUCACUGUAUUUGUAGCCUAUAUGCACAUACAGUUGUGCUCAAAAGUUUGCAUAUCUUGGGAGAAUUUGCAAGGCAAGUUAUUUUUUAUAGGGCUCAAGUUCAAGUGUAAGGCAUAGCAAGAUGGAACAAUCAUCAAACAAAACAUGACAAUAAAGAAAAUGAAAUAAUCCCUGUUCAAAAGUUUGCAUACCUUUAAUUCUUAGUAUCAUGUAUUGCCCCCUUUAGCAUCAAUGAUGGCAUGCAGUCUUUUGUAAUAAUUGUGCAUGAGGUCCUUAUUCUUUCAGAUGGCUGCCCAUUCUUGGCAAAAUGCCUUCAUUUCCUCAAAAGCUUUUGGUAGUCUUGCACAAACUGCAUAUUUGAGAUCAAAAGUGGCUAAAUGAUAGAGGUCAGGAGACUGUGAUGGCCACUCCAGAACCUUCACCUUUUUUUGCUGUAGCCAUUGGAGAGUCAACUUGGCCUUGUGGUUUGGAUCACUGUCAUGUUGGAACAUCCAAGAACGUCCCAUAUGCAGCUUUCGUGCUGUAGAAUGCAAAUUGUCUGCCAGUAUUUUCUGAUAACAUGCUGCAUUCAUCUUGCUAUCAAUUUUGACAAACUUCCCUGUGCUACUGGAGCUCACACAGCCCCAAAACAUAAGAGAUCUACCACCAUGCUUUACAGUUGCGAUAGAGUACUUUUCACCAUAGGCCUUGUUGACUCCUCUCCAAACAUAGCGUUUAUGGUUGUGACUAUAAAGUUCAAUUUUGGUCUCAUCACUCCAAAUGACUCAGAUCCCCAGAAGCUGUGAGGCUUAUCUAGGUGCUGCCUGGCAUACUGGGUGCAGUAACAGCUUUCUCCUGGCAACUCGACCAUGCAGGCCAUUUGUAUUCAAGUACCUCCUUAUUGUACUUAGAGCAGCCUGUAUUUCUCUUGAAGUUGUUUGUGGGUUUUUCUUUUCGUCCUGAACAAUUCUUCUGGCAGUAAUGGGUGAAAUCUUUCUUGGUGUACCUGAACGUUGCUUAGUAUCCACAUAACCUCUUAUUUUCCACCUCUUUAUCAGUUUG